AACUGAUUGAUUUGUUACAGAUUUGUAUUUCAUUAUUUUUAUUGUUCCGCAAUCAUAGUACAAACUGAUUUAGAUUUGAUAUUUUAAGCAUCACAUUUUUAGUUGGAAAGGGGGACAAACAUGCAACAGUCUUACUAGGGGAUGAAGAGUGUAAAUAGCAUUUGAUUUUGAGCACGAAUAUGAGUUAUAGUUACAAGCAUAUCUGAGUAGGCUUUGUUACAACCUCCGUCUACUGGUUACAUAAUAUGAAGGAAAAUAAGUUUUAAGGUAUCUUAAAUUAAGUUGUAUUAAUUCUCUUUGUCACUUUCCAAAGGUUAAAAUAUAAGUCAUAUAAUUUUCUUUGCCAUGGCUACUUCUUGCUUACGUUGGUAUCUACGUGUCUUGGAUAAACAUCCGUGGAAAACUCAGACAAUAACGACUGGUAUGUGUUUUCUAUAGGAAUUCUAAUGGCAUGUGGGGACUUCAUCUGCCAGACAGUGGUGGAACAGAAAACAUUAAAAAACAUUGAAACUCGGAGGCUGGUUAGAUUUGCAUUUCUUGGGACCUGCUUUGUAGGACCAACACUUCGUAGCUGGUACUUGGUCCUUGAGAAAGUCUGUGGAGUCAGUGGAAAGACUGUAGGUCUACAGAAAAUGCUGCUGGACCAGGGCUUGUUUGUUCCUGUGUUUUUGGCAAACUUCCUCACAGUGAAUGGUCUACUACAGAACCAUUCGUGGAUUCAAAUUAAAGAGAAGCUGAAAAGAGAUUACUUUGAAGUGCUAAAGGCUAACUAUAUGCUUUGGCCUGCAGCUCAGUUAUUCAACUUUUAUAUAGUGCCUUUUCAACAUAGAGUUAUGGUUGUCAACUUGGUGGCACUGUUCUGGAAUACCUACCUAGCAUGGAAGGCCAAUACUAACAAUGUGGAUUAGGUGAAAAGACCAAAAUGAUUGACCACACUACACAUCGAAACUUGUGUAACUGGGUUUUUACUCUACAAAUAUGAACUGAUCAUGUGAACAAAAUCAGUAUUUUAAAAUAAGUGCUUUUAAAGUAUAAAAAUUGAGUAGUGAAAGAUCUGUAAUAGGUAUUAAAAACAGUUUUUUUUUUACAAAACA